UCUCUCUCUCUCUCUCUUUGUGGGUCUAGGGUUUUCUCUUCUUCGUUUCAAGGUUCGGCCAUGGCGCAGGAUGGAGCGGAGAACGGGGCGGCGGUUAAGGCGGUGGGUGUCGCGGUGUUCAAGCCGCAGCUGGUGGUGCCGGCGAUGAAGGCCGACGAGGCGGUGCAGUUCUACAAGGCGGCGUUCGGCGCGGUGGAGCUGAAGCGGAUGAACCACCCCAAGCGGAAGGCCGAGCAGGAGCUCCCCCUCAUCCUCUGCGCGGAGCUCAAGAUCGGCUCCUCCUCACUCCUCGUCUGCGACCAAACGGAGGACUCCUUGGCCGCCGCGGAGGAGGGGGUGAUCGGACGAGGGAUCGUGUUCCGGGUGGAGACGGAGGACGUGGAGGGGGCCGUGGCGAAGGCGGUGCAGGCGGGAGCGGUGAUGCAAGGGGAGAUCACGGAGGACGAAGGCGCGUGCGGCGGCGGGCUACUCGGGAAGGUGAAGGAUCCCUUCGGCGUCGUCUGGGCCAUCGCCUCCGCCAGCAAGAAGUGCGCCGAGGCCGAGACCGAGAGCUAGGCCUCGAUCGGUCGCCUUCGACUCUCCCCGUUUCGAGUGGAACGGAAUAGACUCUUUUACCUACUUUACUAUAUUAUCUCUAGUAGCAAACCGGUAGUGACGCGGUGCUCUGUCGUUUUAGUUUUAUUUCUUUUGUCUGAAACUCGGAAUUAAAAGACAUUAUUAAUAUGGUCAUCACGGUCGCCGUGUUGUGAUAUCAUGUAGAAUUUUUUUUGGCUAGUGGAAUGGGCUAACCUUCAUGCGGCGAUUUCACCUUUA